AUGUCCUCCAUCCGCGCCGUUUGCCUUCUUUACGCAGCACUUUUCGCCAUGGUGAAGGGGUUCACUCACGAAGAUAUGAAGGACGCCAUGCUGGAGAAACUUGGACUUAGUGAGGCUCCGAAAAUACACAAGAGGGAUUUGGAGAACUUGGUGAUUCCAGCGCACAUUAAGAACAAAUACACUUCAAUGCUGAAACUGCACCAUGCAAGGAAACGCCGCUCUCUUCCGAGUUUAGCAGGCAUCCUGAGGGGAAUCCCUGGCAAUGCAGACAUCUCUGGUCAGUUUAUAUACUCUGACACGACACGUCAACGUGUGGUCUUUGAGAUGAAAUCAAGGAUUCCGGACAACAGCGAAGUGACGAUGGCAGAAAUGAAGCUGUUCAAGAAAGCCCCACAUAAGCGCUCCAUGCCCGAGAGAAAGGGCCACAGACCCGUCAACAACGCCCGGGUGAGCAUCUACUGGGUGGAAAUCCUGGAGAACGGGUCGAACCGAACUUCACUAGUAGACUCCAGGUUGAUUCCCAUUCACGAAACGGGCUGGAAAAGCUUUGAUGUCACUCAGGCGGUGCAAUAUUGGUCAAAGAGCAGAAUGGAGAUGCCCAUGCACCUUGAGGUGUGGAUCGAGGGCGAGAGACCCGGCAGUUACGCGGCAGAGAUGGCCAAGUGUGUCCACUUCACAACGCAAGAUCCAAAUGACAACACCUUGGGAAACCCCGAGCUUGUUCUUUACACCCUCAACCUCGAAGAGUUUGGGUCUAGUGGAGACUGUGAACACAACAAAGACAGCGGCAUGUGCUGCAGGGAAAAAUUCUUCAUCAAUUUCCGAGAACUCACAUGGACCCAGUACUGGAUCAUCGAGCCGUCCGGCUAUCAGGCGUUCAGGUGCACGGGCGGCUGUCGGCAGCCCAGGCGUAACUACGGUUACGGGGAGCGGAAGUGCGCGGUUGUGGAGAGCGCGCCGCUACCUAUGAUGUAUUUAGUCAAAAAGGGAGAUUAUACUGAGAUCGAGGUGGCCGAAUUCCCAAAUAUGAUUGUUGAAAAGUGUGGAUGCGCAAUGGAUAAUAUUUCAGUUGUAUGAAAGUGCCAUUUUGUCAUCGACAAGUCUUCUUGACGCACUAUAAGUGAUCGAGGGUGUUGGCAACUUAACCCUUAAAAUACCUCAAGCACUUUGUAUACAUUUGUAAAUAUUGUUGAUAUGCAUUUAUUUUU